GAACCUCAAGGUUGAAUAGGAGAUAGAAGUGACCGGUUGUGAUAAAGGUUUUGUGGAGAGCAGGCGGGCUCUCCUCCAUGAUGUCAGGCGGUGCUUAGUCCCGCCGAGAGAAAUUUGGCGUCAUGCACAGGUGGUGGCGAUGGCUGAAGAUGGGAACGAGGAGAUCAUGUUCAUCUGGUGUGAAGACUGCAGCCAGUACCACGACUCUGAAUGUCCCGAGCUGGGCCCAGUGGUCAUGGUCAAAGACUCCUUUGUGUUAAGCAGGGCAAGGUCGUCCCUUCCCUCCAACCUGGAGAUCAGACGCCUGGAAGAUGGAGCUGAGGGGGUGUUUGCUGUGACCCAACUCGUCAAGCGCACGCAGUUUGGCCCAUUUGAGUCGAGGAGAGUCGCCAAAUGGGAGAAGGAGUCUGCGUUUCCAUUGAAGGUGUUCCAGAAGGACGGGCACCCCGUGUGCUUCGACACCUCCAACGAGGACGACUGCAACUGGAUGAUGCUGGUGCGGCCGGCGGCGGAGCCCGGGCACCAGAACCUGACGGCCUUCCAGCACGGCAGCGACGUGUACUUCACCACCUCGCGUGACAUCCCCCCGGGCACCGAGCUGCGCGUGUGGUACGCGGCCUUCUACGCCAAGAGGAUGGACAAGCCCAUGCUGAGGCAGGCCUGCCCUGGGCUCCACGCUGCAGGCACCCCAGAGAGCAGCACGCCAGUGGAGGCGGAACCCAGCCGGUGGGUGUGCAAGGUGUGUUCGGCCGCCUUCCUUGAGCUGCAGCUGCUGAAUGAGCACCUGUCGGGCCAUUUGGAACAAUCCAAAAGCGUCCCCCCAGCCGGCCAGCAGGACCCGGCUGCAGAGAAGGAAGCAGACGUGCCCCGGGGGGAGCCUCCCGCGGUUCCCAAGAGCGUCAGUGCCGCCAAAGAGCAGAAGAAAAAGCCUCGAAGGGGGAGAAAACCCAAAGCAUCCAAACCAGAGCAGCCUCUAGUUAUUGUUGAAGGCAAGGAGCCCGCAGAGCAAGUGGCAGAGAUCAUGACCGAGGUCGAGCCUGUGACUGCGUCGCCGGACGAGCGGAUCAUGGAGCUGGUUCUGGGGAAGCUGGCCACCACCCCCAGCGACGCCAGCUCAGUGCCAAAGUUCCCCCACCAUCAGAGCAGCGGCAUCACCCUCAAGAGGAGCCUGGUCCUCUCGAGCCGCCACGGCAUCCGGCGGAAGCUGGUCCGGCAGCUGGGAGAGCACAGGCGGAUCUACCAGUGCAGCAUCUGCAGCAAGAUCUUCCAGAACAGCAGCAACCUGAGCAGGCAUGUGCGCUCCCACGGCGACAAGCUGUUUAAAUGCGAGGAAUGCACCAAGCUGUUCAGCCGCAAGGAGAGUCUGAAGCAGCACGUCUCUUACAAGCACAGCAGGAACGAGGUCGACAGCGAGUACAGGUACCGGUGUGGCACCUGCGAGAAGACCUUCCGCAUCCAGAGUGCGCUGGAGUUUCACAACUGCCGGACAGAUGAUAAGACGUUCCAAUGUGAGAUGUGUUUCAGAUUCUUCUCCACCAACAGCAACCUUUCCAAGCACAAGAAGAAGCACGGGGACAAGAAGUUUGCCUGUGAAGUCUGCAGCAAAAUGUUCUACCGCAAGGACGUCAUGCUGGACCACCAGCGGAGGCACCUGGAAGGAGUGCGGCGGGUGAAGAGGGAAGACGUGGAGGCCGGCGGUGGCGAGAACCUGGUGCGCUACAGGAAGGAGCCGUCGGGAUGCCCGGUGUGCGGCAAGGUGUUCUCCUGCAGGAGCAACAUGAACAAGCACCUGCUGACCCACGGCGACAAGAAGUACACCUGUGAGAUCUGCGGGCGCAAGUUCUUCCGCGUGGACGUGCUCCGGGAUCACAUCCACGUCCACUUUAAGGACAUCGCGCUGAUGGAUGACCACCAGAGGGAGGAGUUUAUUGGCAAGAUUGGGAUCUCCUCGGAAGAGAAUGAUGACAAUUCCGACGAGAGUGCAGACUCGGAGCCUCACAAGUACAGCUGCAAAAGGUGUCAGCUCACCUUCGGCCGCGGGAAGGAGUACCUGAAGCACAUCAUGGAGGUGCACAAGGAGAAGGGCUAUGGCUGCAGCAUCUGCCACCGGCGCUUCGCCCUGAAGGCCACCUACCACGCCCACAUGGUCAUCCACCGCGAGAACCUGCCUGACCCCAACGUGCAGAAGUACAUCCACCCAUGCGAGAUCUGCGGGCGGAUCUUCAACAGCAUCGGGAACUUGGAGCGGCACAAACUCAUCCACACAGGUGUGAAAAGCCACGCCUGUGAGCAGUGUGGGAAGUCCUUUGCCAGGAAGGACAUGCUGAAGGAGCACAUGCGCGUGCAUGACAACAUCCGCGAGUACCUGUGCGCCGAGUGUGGGAAAGGCAUGAAGACCAAGCACGCGCUGCGCCACCACAUGAAGCUGCACAAGGGCAUCAAGGAGUACGAGUGCAGGGAGUGCCACCGCAAGUUCGCGCAGAAGGUCAACAUGCUCAAGCACUACAAGCGGCACACGGGGAUUAAAGAUUUCAUGUGCGAACUGUGCGGAAAAACUUUCAGUGAGAGAAACACGAUGGAGACGCACAAGCUCAUCCACACGGUGGGCAAGCAGUGGACGUGCUCCGUGUGCGACAAGAAGUACGUCACCGAGUACAUGCUGCAGAAGCACGUGCAGCUCACCCACGACAAGGUAGAGGCCCAGAGCUGCCAGCUGUGCGGGACCAAGGUGUCCACCAGGGCUUCCAUGAGCAGACACAUGCGGCGCAAGCACCCCGAGGUCCUGGCCGUGAGGAUCGACGACCUGGACCACCUCCCCGAGACCACCACCAUCGACGCCUCCUCCAUCGGUAUCGUCCAGCCUGAGUUGAGUCUGGAGCAGGAGGACCUGGCGGAAGGGAAGCACGUGAAAGCCGCCAGGAGGACUCACAAGAGGAAGCAGAAGCCAGAGGAGGAGGCCGGCGCCGCGGGGCCCGAGGAGGCCGCCUUCAGCGAGUUCUCGGAGAAGGAGGCCACGUUCUCGGGCGGCGUCGGGGACGAGACCAACUCUGCGGUGCAGAGCAUCCAGCAGGUGGUGGUGACGCUGGGUGACCCCAAUGUGACCACCCCGUCGAGCUCCGUCGGCCUGACCAACAUCACCGUGACCCCCAUCACCACCGCGGCCGGGACUCAGUUUACCAACCUCCAGCCGGUGGCCGUCGGGCACCUGACCACCCCGGAGCGCCAGCUGCAGCUGGACAACUCCAUCCUGACCGUGACCUUUGACACCGUCAGCGGCUCUGCCAUGCUGCACAACCGCCAGAACGACCUCCAGAUCCACCCCCAGCCGGAAGCCUCGAAUCCGCAGUCGGUGGCCCACUUCAUCAACCUGACCACCCUGGUCAACUCCAUCACGCCCCUGGGGAGCCAGCUCGGCGAGCAGCACCCGCUCACCUGGCGGGCGGUGCCCCAGACAGACGUGCUGCCGCCCCCGGCCCCCGCCCCGCAGGCCGCCCAGCCCCCGGUGCCGGCCGAGCAGCAGCCGCAGAUGUACAGCUACUGA